AUGCCGGCCACAUCAGCUCACCCCACAACCCCAAUCCGUAGUCGCUCUGCAGUUGCCUGUCAAGCCUGCCGUCAGCGCAAGGUUCGAUGCAGCUUGGCUGUCACCGGCAAUCCAUGCAUCGGUUGUACCCAAGAUGGGGCCGAGUGCAUCGUUGUCCCUAAACAGCGAAGAAAAUACCAAAGGCCACGUGCACAACGCAAUCAGCGCCGUGAUCAAGGGUCCUUACAAGCUCCCGACCCCGUUUUUACCGGCAGCACUAUGGCCCACCGGCCUUCUGAUCACGAGCCAACCCCUACUACGGACCACUCAAUGCUUUCAAAUGGACCAGCUGAAGCAAUUGGAAUUCCAGGGGCGUCUUCUUCGGCUAAUGAAGGCGACCAUAGCGAAGGCAGAAGGCGUAUCGGAAUUGAGGUUGCACCAUCUUCUUUAUUACUACCGCAAGGAGUCAAUAGUACGACCGCCCAAGCCAGAAAUGAGGGUGGUGUCGAAGAUGCAGAGCGAAGAGGCAUUGAGAUAGCUGCUGCAAGAUUAGGACAACCUCAAAGUCUCGGUCAGGUGCCUUAUUACACCGGAAGUCAGACCGGACCAACCUUCGCCUUAGAUAUUUGUUCACCAGAUAAGUCUUUGCCAAGGCACCUUCUUGUUCCAUCGAGCACCCGUCCGCUUUUCUCCGAUGCGGACCAAAACUACCUUCGAGCGAAAGGAGCACUUACUCUUCCCGGGAAAGAGAGCUGUGAAGCCCUCCUUCGAGCAUAUCUUAAUCAUGUGCACCCGAUCAUGCCCGUUAUUGAGAUCGAUCACAUCUUAGACUAUCAACACAACGGACGACUCUCUGAGUACAACAUCCUCCUCCUUUGGUGUAUAUUUCUCGCUGCUGCCAAUUUUGUCCAUCCCACUAUUUACGAACAGGAGGGGUAUAAAUCUCGACAAGAAAUGAAAGCUCUCAUGUAUUCCCGUGCAAAGUGCACGUAUGCCAUAAGCGAGGGAAUGGACAAGAUCGUUCUUCUCCAAGCUUCUUUAUUGAUGAGCUUUUGGCUUUCAGAGCUUGACGAACAUAUGCAACCGUGGUACUGGGUAGGAACCGCGAUCACCUUUUGCCAGAUGCUAGGCUUGCAUCGAAAUCCCGACUCCUCCAAGAUAAAUUCCGCCAUCAGCGAUCAGCAACGGCGUUUGUGGCGCCGACUUUGGUGGUGCUCCUUUUAUCGGGAUUGCUGGCUCGGCUUCCAUUUUGGAAGGCCAUUGCGGAUUGAUCUUAAUGACUGCGACACACCUAUGCCCUUGGUCACAGACAUGCUUGACGACCUGGCAGGAAUACCGGAAUCCACAUCCACUGACUUUUUACCAAAAGAUUUACCCAGGCUGGCUUCAUACUGGGUGAGAAUGAUUGAAUUGAGCAAGCAAUUGGGUGCUGUUAUUACCAUGAACUACAAGACCAUAAGGGCAAAGCCCACGAUCCAACAAUUCGAAACUCUCGAGGCGGAGAUUCUAAAAUACGAGCUACCAGACCCAUACGAGUCUGGCUUGGUCAAUCUGGUGCGGUUUCAUCUGUUCCAUGUUCAUUUACACUAUCAAGUGCUGCUCAUUGCUUUGUAUCGUCCCUACGGAUCUGAAACUCUUACUGGUCUUGAUCCUGCACAACAAGGAGAUUGGCAACAUCGGAUGCGAAUGAAGGCUGGGGAUGCUGCGUCAAGGACAAACGAUAUUCUUGAUGCUCUCGCCCAGGACGAUCUUCUUCAAUUUGCCGGGCCUAUGACGCCCGCACUCUUAGUCCCAGCGAUGCAAACGCAUCUGCUUUUCUAUAAAUCUGCCGACUCCUUAACGAAACGCCUCAGACUCCACAAGCUUGAAAUGUGCAUGCUCGUCAUGGAAGAGCUCCAAAAAAAUUAUACUGUUGCUUCGUUAUACCGAGGAAUUUUUCUCCGGGCUAUGCAACAAAUUUGUCCCCCCUAUCAAAGAGGGACAGGUGCUUCUGAUCAGACAGUUAACUUCGUACCAGCAAGUGAUUCCAGCGACAGAAAUUAUACCGUCAAUCAACCUGCCACCGGUCGGUUUGUGACAGAUCAUUUUGGUAACAACGCUCCAUUGGGCGAUUUCUCGGAGCAAGGGACCGAGACUUUCGGGGAUUUCGUGGAUUCAUUGAUGGAUGAAUCAUCGAUGUUUAAUCUUUGGGAAACUUGGAAUCGAAUAUGA